AUGCCAACCACCCCUUGCGCAGCCACCGCGUUGGAAAAGUCGGGCAUUGGUAAGGGGACCCACGGAACACGACAGCCAUUGAGUUCUUGGUUGAUGCGACUUUUGCAGAGCAGCACCCAGUUCUGUACAGCGAAACAAUCGAAUCAGGCCCUAAUUAAGAAUGGAUGGGGGAUGGAUGGAGAUGGGCGAUUGAUGAUGGGAUGGUUCAUCGGGGUCCUUGCCCAGAACUACCAAAUGUCAGUCGCACGUUCCCCGCCAGCUUCACCUUUAGCAUCACAAUGCCAUUUCAAGAUGAUGUCGAUGAUCCGCUGA